AUGCCCAACAGCAGCUCUGUGAGCGAGUUCCUCCUGCUGGCAUUCGCAGACACACGGGAGCUGCAGCUCCUGCACUUUGCGCUCUUCCUAGGCAUCUACCUGGCUGCCCUCCUGGGCAACAGCCUCAUCCUUACCGCUAUAGCCUACAACCACCGCCUUCACACCCCCAUGUACUUCUUCCUCCUCAACCUCGCUCUCCUUGACCUGGGCUGCAUCUCCACCACUCUCCCCAAAGCCAUGGCCAAUUGCCUUUGGGACACCAGAGCUAUCUCCUAUGAAGGAUGUGCUGCACAGGUUUUCUUUUUUGUUUUCUUGAUUGGAGCAGAGUAUUGCCUUCUCACUGUCAUGGCCUAUGACCGCUAUGUUGCCAUCUGUAAGCCUCUGCACUACGGGAACCUCCUGGGCAGCAGAGCUUGUGCCCGGAUGGCAGCAGCUGCCUGGGGCAGUGGCUUUCUCUAUGCUGUCCUGCACAUGGCCAAUACAUUUUCCCUGCCCCUCUGCCAAGGCAAUGCUGUGGACCAGUUCUUCUGUGAGAUCCCCCAGAUCCUCAAGCUCUCCUGCUCAGAUGCCUACCUCAGGGAAGUUGGGGUUCUUAUAGUUAGUCUCUGUUUAGCAUUUGCAUGUUUUGUUUUCAUUGUGGUGUCCUAUGUGCAGAUCUUCAGGGCUGUGCUGAGGAUGCCCUCAGAGCAGGGCCAGCACAAAGCCUUUUCCACGUGCCUCCCUCACCUGGCCAUUUUCUCUCUGACUCUCAGUACUGCCAUGGUUGCCUACCUGAAACCCCCAUCCAACUUUUCCUCAUCCUUGGACCUGGUGGUGUCUUUUGUGUACUCGGUGGUGCCUCCAGCAGUGAACCCCCUCAUCUAUAGCAUGAGGAACCAGGAGCUCAAGAAUGCCUUGUGGAAACUCUUUGGAUACAUGCUUCUUCACCAUCAAUAA